UUGGAUGGCCUUGGCGUCUCCACGAUUCGUAAAUGAAGUGCAGUGCUCUGGUUUCUGAAGAAUGAGCUGGGUCGAAAUUAGGAAUCUUAUUGGCUCCCACGGAGCCCGUGCGCCUGCCCGCGCAGCCAUUGGCCGGCUUUGGAAAGCAGACGAGUAAAGGAGGGACGGCGAGGUAGGGGGUCAGGGGUUAGUGAGGCCGGAAGUGAGUGUAAUAAAGUUUGUCUGGGGAGGCCGAGGCCGGGGGAGAAAGUUGGUGCAGUGACUUAAGCCGACAGUUACGUGAUCCGGAACCAGAUCGGCCCGCGGUCCGGUGCGGAGACUCCAUGCGACCCUGGAGAAUGGACGAGAGGGUGGCUUAAGAGACCCCUGACCCCACUCCUUCCUGGGGCAGACCCUGUUCCUGAGACAGCCGUAGGUGUUCCUCUGACUGGACUGGACUAAGUAUGGACUCGUGUGACGUUAAGAGGAGUGAAAAUUUUUCUGCCAUCAGAAGAAAAAGUGUUUCGGAGUCAGGAGUAGGGGUUAGUGUCCUUUCCGUUGUUUUUAAAAGACCCCUCCCCAUAACCAGAUAACUCUCGUUUGGAUUCAUCCUGGCCGCACUUGCCCAACCUUCCCUGUUGGAAACAUUCCUGAGGUUUUCGCCAUUUCCUGCUAUUUCCUGCUCCUCCAGCCUCCUCCUCCCUGCUGGGCUGAGGUGCAAAACGUGGCUGUGUCGUCCCCCCCACCCCGCCAAGUCGCUGCUACCUAGCUUUGGUCCAUUAGGCAGUCUCCCAUCUCUUGAAACAAAUUUAAAGGCUCAUGCUUCCUCGUCUUCCAAAUGUGCACACGAUUGGUGAUUCCCUGCCUCUAGAUAUGAAAGCUUCAGAGAAAGCCAUCUCAAGAUGAGGACAUCAUGGUGUGUGUUUGUGUGUCUGGCUUUGACGGAAAUUUUCCUCCUGUCUAAGAGCUGAGGUCUUGGCUAACGGAAUGACAGAAUUUCUUGUCAGGAAGCGGUGUGGUGUUUGGUGGCAGCUUUCCUGGGCUUGAGGACUGGGCAGGUGACGGGAAGCUUGGUAGCUAACCUCUUUAGAGUACUGGCCUUGUUAGUCAUGAAGUUUUUAAUUCUCCAAAAUAAACCUCAGAGGAGUUUGGAGGUAAGCCUCUAAGAAACUAUUUUUUACUUUUUGUAUUUCCUCACUUUUUUUUUUUUUAAAUAAGUGAUAGUUUAUUCUGGAGCUUGGUCACUUUCUUUAACUUCCUGAUGGCCUUUAGCAGAGCUGUGGCAGGAAACUGGGGAAAGAAAUAUGGCUUUGGUGUUAUUCUGCACUUAGGGCCAGACCCCAGCUUCUGGUAUCCCUUGUCCUUCCUGUCUUUACUAACACAGCUUUGUGGCCUGCAGGCACCCGUUCCGUUCCGUUCAUUUUCCUGCCUCCAAGGCCAGCCCCCCUGCUCGUGUGAGGGACACUGUUGGGUGGGGCUUACAAGGAGAGAAGUAAGCUGUGGCCAAGGGGUACUAACCUGAUCCCUCUCUAUCGCCUGGCUUUCCUCACUGGGCCUGUGGAAAGGGCUCCAAGACGUCCGUUAGUCUUUGGUGGGUGACAGCUGUGAAGAACACAGGCUUGCUCUAGCUCUUGCACCACCCUGAUUGGCCUUCCCUCAUGGCCUCCACCUACAUCUUCUGGGACUACUUUCCCUUCCUGGUUCCCAACUCUGUCCACAGCUGUAGUGGCUGAGGAUGCUAAUGGCCAGGUUCCCUGGGGCAGCCAGCCACCUCACUCAUUGUAUGGUGGGGGUGGGGAUGGUCCGGGCUGUAGGGAAAUGCUAAACUCUGGGACCCUCCUCCCCCUUUUCCCUUAGCAGCUUGUUUCCUCCUUUAUUCCUCCUAGCCUUCCUGGCUUCCUGCGCUCUCUGCUUGCCCGUGUUGGUUUGGAUUGAUCCAGAGUUCCUCUUAACCCCUUACUUUCUUUUUUGUCUUUUUCUUGUUCUGACAUCUUUCUUUCCUACGGCACCUUUCUCCUCCCCAGACAGACUACUAGUUGUUUGUAUUGGGCAAGGGAGAGAGGCUGGCUUGUGUGGGGAGGUGUCUCGGCCCCUCUGAGCUUGUGAGUCAGCACUGUCCUUGGGAUUGGUCUCGCUUCCUACUUCCCCGCCCCUGGGGAGGAGCCAGUUAGCUCUGGGUCCAGCCUGUACUCCUCAGCCAGAAGAGGCUUCCUCGCUGGGCUGGGCAAGGAUGUGGCCUGAAAUUGUCUAUGUCUGACGUGGGAGAGCAGAGGCCACUUGUCCUUCGCCUCCCUAGGUCCUCUUGUUAUCACCAGGCUGCAGAGGUCAGAUCAGGCUAAGGGCCUGGGGAUGCCCCCUGCCUGGCCCCCUUGCCUGAAUUUGGCAGGGGGGCCAGGCAGCAGCCCCCCUUCUCACCCCAGCCAUGGAUCUUCUACCCCCCAAGCCGAAGUACAACCCUCUUCGAAAUGAGUCUCUGUCAUCGCUGGAGGAGGGGGCUUCAGGGUGUACCCCCACAGAAGAGCUGCCUUCCCCAUCAACCUCAUCCCUGGGACCCAUUCUGCCUCCUCUGCCGGGGGACGAUAGUCCGACUACCCUGUGUUCCUUCUUUCCCCGGAUGAGCAACCUGAAGCUGGCCAAUCCUGCUGGGGGGCACCUGGGGCCUAAGGGGGAGCCAGGAAAGGCUGCUGAAGAUGGGGAAGGGAAUGCAGGGGCAGCUCUUCGGGACUCAGGCCUCUUGCCCCUCCUCCAGGACAUGAACAAGCUGAGUGGAGGCGGCGGGCGCAGGACUCGAGUAGAAGGGGGCCAGCUGGGGGGCGAGGAGUGGACCAGACACGGGAGCUUUGUCAAUAAGCCCACACGAGGCUGGCUGCAUCCCAACGACAAAGUCAUGGGACCUGGGGUUUCCUACUUGGUUCGGUAUAUGGGUUGUGUGGAGGUCCUGCAGUCAAUGCGAGCCCUUGACUUCAAUACCCGGACGCAGGUCACCAGGGAGGCCAUCAGUUUGGUGUGUGAAGCCGUGCCUGGUGCCAGAGGAGCAACAAGGAGGAGAAAGCCCUCUAGCCGCCCACUCAGCUCCAUCCUUGGGAGGAGUAACCUGAAGUUUGCUGGAAUGCCAGUCACCCUCACUGUGUCCACCAGCAGCCUUAACCUCAUGGCAGCCGACUGCAAACAGAUCAUUGCCAACCAUCAUAUGUAAUCUAUCUCAUUCGCGUCUGGUGGGGAUCCGGACACAGCCGAGUAUGUUGCCUACGUUGCCAAAGACCCUGUAAAUCAGAGAGCCUGCCAUAUCCUGGAGUGCUCUGAAGGGCUCGCUCAGGAUGUCAUCAGCACCAUCGGUCAGGCCUUUGAGUUGCGCUUCAAACAGUAUCUCAGGAAUCCACCCAAACUGGUCACCCCCCAUGACAGGAUGGCUGGCUUUGAUGGCUCAGCUUGGGAUGAGGAGGAAGAAGAGCCACCUGACCAUCAGUACUAUAAUGACUUCCCAGGGAAGGAACCUCCUCUCGGCGGGGUGGUAGACAUGAGGCUUCGAGAAGGGGCUGCUCGACCCACUCUGCCCACUGCCCAGAUGCCCAGCCACUUGGGAGCUACACUGCCUGUAGGGCAGCAUGCAGGAGACGCUGAUGUCCGUAAGCAGAUGCUGCCUCCACCACCUUGCCCAGGUAGGAACAGUCGGCUGAAUCCACCUUCCCAGGUUCGGACAAAAGAUCACCGCUUUGAGAGCGUCAGUCACCUCAUCAGCUACCACAUGGACAAUCACUUGCCCAUCAUCUCCGCGGGCAGCGAACUGUGCCUACAGCAACCCGUGGACCGGAAAGUGUGAUCUUCAGUUGUCCUGGAUGCCCUCCACCCCUUCCACUGCGUCCUCUAACUCCUGGGACCUAUGUUUGUGCUCACCUGAGACAGGGAAUUUUAGUUAGAAACCUGGGGUAGCAUCCUGCUUCUGCCCAAACCUCACCAAAGUAUUAAUGUACAGAGUGGUCCCUUGCCUGGGCCUUGUCUGUGCCAACCUGAUGCCCUUUCCCCCAAAGGGUAGGUUCUUAAAAUGGAAAAAGACCCAGUGGAGCAAUUGCCCUUUGGGGGAAGGGAAGUAAUCAUACCUCUGGUUUACCCCUGGUCUUCAGGGUACCCCAGAUCCCUCUUAACAUAUCCUAUUCCCUAUGCAUCCCUUACAACUUUGUGCCUUUGACUAUCUCCUAGGUCUGCAGAUACUUUAUGCAAAGAGUUCUCAGGCCCUUCGUGUGGAUAAGGGUUGCUGACGCCUUGGCUCUGGAACCCUGUUGUGCUCAGCACCCCUUUCUAUGUUUGGGAAGAAUAGGGGCAGGAGUGGCAGCUAUCUCCUCUGCCUUUUGGUUGUGCAGCCCUUAAGAGAUUGCCCCAAGCUGGGCUUGGUG